AUGCGAGCAGCUCUCAUGUGGACUAUAAAUGACUUUCCUGCAUAUGGUAGACUCUCUAGAUGGUGCAGUUAUGGUCGGUUUGCAUGCCCUUCUUGUAACAUAAACACUCAAUCUAGAAGACUGAAACAUGGCAGAAAGUUUUGUUACAUGAGGCAUCGAUGCUUCUUGAAGUAUCGGAAUGAUGCGAAAUCAUUUGAUGGGACUAAAGAAACAAGACCUUCACCUUGUCCAGUAUCUGGGUCAGUAGUGCUGGAUCAAGUUAAAGAUAUAAAAUUUACUCUCGGCCAGUCAAGUGAAGGGGUAAGUGGGGUGAUGAAAAACACAUGGAAAAAGAGAAGUAUUUUUUUCGAUCUUCCUUACUGGAUAUUUAACUUGGUGCGCCAUAAUCUUGAUAUGAUGCACAUAGAAAAGACUGUGUGCGAUAACUUAAUUUAUACACUAUUGAAUCUUGGUAAAAAGUCUAAAGACAACUUAGAAGCUCGAUUGGACUUGAAGGAGAUGAAAAUAAGACCAAGCUUAUGGCCUCAAUAUCGAGCUAGUGGGAGAGCAUAUCUUCCUGCUACUUUUUUCACAAUGUCUCAGCAGGAAAAGGACUUAUUUUAUGAAGUACUACAAAAUGCCAAGUUUCGAGAUGGCUAUGCGUCUAAUAUUUCACGUUGCGUUCGCAAACGAAAGUUAUCUGGGCUAAAAACUCACGAUUGUCAUGUUAUAAUGCAAGAACUUCUUCCUCUUGCCUUGCGGAGAUCAGUAGAUAAAAGAGUAAGUUCAAUUUUAAUUGAACUAUGCACAUUCUUUCGUGUUUUGUGUAGCAAAGAGCUAAAACUAGAAGAGUUAAACCUACUUGAAGAAAAAAUCCCAGAAACAUUGUCUACUAUGGAGAAACUCUUCCUUCCAGGAUUCUUUACUGUUAUGAUACACUUGGUUAUUCACUUGGCAACCGAGGCUAAACAUGCGGGACCAGUACAUUAUCGCUGGAUGUAUCCAAUUGAGAGGUAUUUGGGUACUUUAAAAUCAUAUGUUCGUAAUCGUGCAUGUCCAGAAGGUUCAAUAGCAGAAGCAUACAUAGCAAAUGAGUGUAUGGCAUUCUGCUCACGAUAUUUAGAGGGUAGAGAUUCAAUGUCUUAUUGUUCAAGAAAAUGGAGUGAUGAAAUUGAGCAUGAGACUAAUAAAGAAGAAUCUCUUUUUCCUACUGUUGGGGAGUCGUACGGUAGAGUAGAUGUAUUUGAGUUGGAUGACAAAACAUGGUUGCAAGCACAUCGGCAUGUGCUUUUCAAUUGUGAAUCAGAAGUAAAGGAGUUAGAAGCCACAUCUAAAAUCUUAAGGGAUGUUAAAGUCCUAGCACAAGGACCGAGUUACAUUGCAAAAAGAUUCAGUGCGUUCGAUGUUAAUAAUGGGUAUCGAUUCCGAACAAAACAAAGUGAAGAGUUCAAUGUGACACAAAAUAUUGGUGUUAUGGUCAUUUCGAAGACUGAAAGUUAUGCAAGUACAAGUGAUAAUGCUCCAAAAUCUGCAAAUAUCACAUAUUAUGGCAGAUUGAAUGAUAUUGUGGAGUUAAACUACUAUGAGAAAUUUAAGGUCAUCUUAUUUAAGUGUGAUUGGGUUGAUGUAACCAAAGGUAGAGGAAUUAAGGAAGAAGACUUGGGUUUCACACUUGUGAAUUUCACACACCUGACAGUCUCUGGCGAUCGAGAACGUCAUGAGCCCUUUAUUUUUGCAGAACAAGCUCAACAAGUAAUAUUUGUGCAAGAUCCUCAAGAUCAUGAAUGGUUUGUCUCUAGGUUAAUUAAACCUCGAGACAUUUUUAAUAUGGGAGAGGAAAAUAGUGUGCAGUUUGAGCCAUCAACGCAAAGUGAUGCCACUGACUUGGCUCUUUUAGAAAAUGCUUGUGUUUUAGAAGAUGAGUAUAAUAAUUGGGUAAGAAGUGGUGUCGAUGGGAUAAUAAUUGAUACAAACGUAGAUUCCCAACCUUCUCCAAAUGAUGGUGAAGCUAAUGUUGAGGGAGAAAAUAACAUAGAAAAUGAAUGUGAUUCUGAAUAA